ACUUUUAAAAAAUGAUUCUAUCCUUCAAAUAUUUUCUUUGUAAUAUUGCAUGUUUUGAUUAUAUAGCAGACUUUAUUCAUGUAAAUACCGUAAUACAGUAUUUAAUAGGUUCCAUGUAAUUACAUUAGGUUGCAUGGCGCAUGUGACACUCCGGUACAGUAGGUGGCGAUAUGGUUGUAACCCGCUAUUAAAACAAAAGAAGAAGAAAAAGGCGGACGUUAGCAACGCUUGAAGACAAAAGGGCGAGGACGACGAAGUGUAAUCGAGUCAAAAACAUCGAAAAUGUUGAAAGAUUUGAUAAAAGAGCGACUAAUGGCGGCGGCCGAUGAAAUAUUGGCCAUCUUUGACAAAACCAUAGCGUCGUACGAGGAGGAACUUUCCCGAACAAGACAGGAAAAGGAGCGACAUCGGCAACAACUGGAAGCUGUUAGCAAGAAUCCAAUUGUGUUACACAUUGAAGACGUCCAGCUGCAUGUUGGUCAUCAAGAUGAACGUCAAUCGCAGGAGGAGAGCUCUACCACGGAGCAGGAACAUCCACAGCCCCUCCACGUGAAAGAGGAAGACAAGGAUUCCCAGCUCCUCCAUGUUAAAACAGAAGAAGAAGCGCUCAGGAUCACUCAGGAGGGAGAGCACCUUCUCAGACAGGAGGAGGCUAAUAUCACAGAGUUGCCACUGACUGGUGUCUCAGUGAAGACCGAAGACCGUGAAGACAAACCACCUGAGUCCUCACAGCUUCAUCACAAUCCAAGUGAGGAGAACAGAGGGGCGGAGCCACAACACAUGACAACAGAAGCCGAUGGAGACCACCGUGGAGGAUCACCAGACAACCUCUUAGCUCCGCUAUCAGAUAGCGACGACGCAACGUCACACGUCAACAUGAACAUGGAAUCACACGUGAGAAUACGCGCAAGAGAAAAACCUUUCAGUUGCUCAGACUGUGGCAAAAAAUUCUUUCGAAAGGAGCACAUGCUCUUACACAUGAGAACGCACGCGGGAGAGAAACCCUUUAGUUGCUCAAACUGUGGGAAGCGCUUCACUCGAAAAAUAAAUAUGGAGUCGCACAUGAGAACACACACGGGAGAAAAACCUUUUCGAUGCUCGGUUUGCGGCGACACUUUUGCUCAGACGUCCACGCUGAAGACACACAUGACAACGCACACAGGAGAGAAACCCUUUAGUUGUUCAGUCUGUGGUAAAAGAUUUGCGAGCAAGCGCAGUAUGCCCUCACACAUGAGUACACACUUGGGAGAAAAACCUUUCAGUUGCUCAGUUUGCGGCGACAAAUUUGCUCGUAGCUCCACUUUGAACAGACACAUGACAACACACACGGGAGAGAAAGCCUUCAGUUGUUCGGUUUGUGGCGUAAGAUUCGUUCGAAAGUCAACUCACACGGCGCACAUGAGGAUGCACACGGGAGAAAACCCUUUCCGAUGCUCGGUGUGCGAUAAAGUAUUCUCCAACAAGCGUAAUAUGUUGGAGCACGUGAGGAUACACACGGGAGAAAAACCUUUUAGAUGCUCAGUUUGCGAUAAAAGAUUCAAUAACAAACGUAAUGUGUCGUCACACAUGAGGAUACACACGAGGGAAAAACCAUUUAGUUGCUCGGUUUGUGACGAUAAAUUUGCUCAGAGGUCCGCUUUGCUGACACACAUGACAACACACGUCGUGGAAAUUCCCGUUAGUUGAGCAGACAUGAGAAUACACACAGGGGAAAAGUGGGUGAGUGGGCGUACCCGGGGGGCGGACCACGGGUGGAAUAAAUUAAAACCAACCGAUGAAGGAAAUAGGUGCAGAUUCUGGAAGAUCUAGAAAGCUUUCUGUGUGUGUUAUUGUGUGUAGCUGCUCUAUAGGAGCGCACAAUUCAAUACAAAUGGCCCUAAAUGAGCAUAAUAGUCCCCUUUAAAGCAGAGCUACAGGGGACAGUGUCGCUAAUACAUAUAUAUAUAUAUAUAUACAUUAUGUACUUCAAGUACAUACUGUUAUACUGAGUAUAUUUGUUAUAGUCUAUGUUUUCUACAAUAGCACAUGUAGUUAUGCUAAGAAGUAAUACAUAUUUCAAGAAAAAUGUGACAUUUGUGCUUUAUUGGUAAGAACUUGGAACUUUUGUUUUUUUUUUCCCCAAAAUAUUUCUACUUUGUUCUUAAAUAAUCUUUAUAAAUGUUCCAUUUGUGAUAUAAUAU